UUUGAGAAUUGCAACAAUGGGUUCGCGAUGUUGGCUUAUCGCUGUGUGCCUGUGUUACGUCAUAAGAGAGUGUCUAAGCGCGCACGCCGAAGAGAAAUUGUUACGUCAUUUAUUGGAUCCUGUCCGUUAUAACAAGUUGAUUCGACCAAGCGAAUCCAUCACAAGCAAAGUUGAUGUUCAUUUUGAUCUCAUCAUCUCACAACUUAUCGGGAUCAAUGAGCGGGAACAAUACAUGAUAACGAAGGUAUGGCUCCCUCAAGUGUGGGUUGAUAAACGGUUGUCAUGGCAACCGAUGAGAUACGAGAACAUAACGAAGGUACAACUCCCAUCCAACAUGAUAUGGUUGCCGGAUGUUGUGCUGUACAACAAUGCUGAUGGGAUGUAUGAGGUCUCCCUACAAUCCAACGCAAUAAUACUCAAUAAUGGAACUGUCACGUGGAUGCCGCCUGCUAUUUAUAAGAGCGCUUGUAAAAUAAAAGUUCGACAUUUUCCAUUUGACGAACAGAACUGCACAAUGAUGUUUCGGUCGUGGACGUACAACAGGUUAGACAUUGAGUUGAAGUUAAAGAACCCGAACGCGACACUCGACGACUUUACCCCUAGUGGUGAGUGGGAUAUCCUGCAAACCCCCGGGUCGGUUAACGUGAACCCCAACGAUGAAACGUACCAGGAUCUAUUAUAUAGUUUAAUUAUCCGUCGCAAGCCGUUGUUCUACACCAUCAACCUUAUCAUCCCCUGUAUAUUGAUAACAUCGCUAGCCAUCCUCGUAUUCUAUCUACCUUCCGAUUGUGGGGAGAAGAUGACGUUAUGUAUAUCGGUUCUCCUCGCUCUUACUGUGUUCCUCCUCCUUAUAUCGAAGAUCGUUCCUCCAACAUCGCUCGAUGUCCCGCUGAUUGGUAAAUACCUGAUGUUUACAAUGAUGUUGGUGACAUUAUCCAUCGUUGCAUCUGUGUGCGUGCUUAACAUCCACCAUCGAUCGCCAUCAACGCACACGAUGCCUCCGUGGAUCCGUACCAUUUUCCUCAACCAUCUUCCCCCACUACUUGGGAUGGAACGACCGGGGACGGAUGAUCGAUGUAGAUGCAAGGUUAACGACGCAACAUACGGAGUCGACGUAACCGAAUUAUCAGGAAGUGAUGUCAUAAGGAAUCGUAAACGAGGUAAAUCCGAGGUGAAAUUACCGCGCGAUGUAAGUUCGGCACUAGAGGGAGUCAAGUUCAUUGCUGACCACUUGAGGGCCGAAGACGAAAAUAAAAAUGUCCACGAAGAUUGGAAAUACGUUGCCAUGGUGAUCGACCGAAUGUUUUUGUUCGUGUUCGUUGGAGUUUGCGCGAUCGGAACGAUCGGAAUAUUCAUUCAACCUUUUGUGUGAUGCAGUUUAUUCAUAGAAAUCAUAUAAAGUACGACAAUAUUA